ACACAAUAUAUUGUUGAGCAAUAUAAAGUCUCUUUCAUGAAAGCCACGAUAUGAAAACAUAUCCACGUAGUCAAUGGUCCAUUCUGCGAUAGGUGGCGAUAAUUCACUAAUAUACGAACCGCUGUGAAACAAGAAGAUGACGUCACAACCAGCGUCAUCAGUCAGCGUUGGGUCUCCUGAGUUAAUCUCUUACCACAUCAAUUCACCUGGAGUGAAGUUCCCCACACAGCAGAUCACCUGUACUAAAGCUCCUCCCAAGGCAGAUCUCCCUAGAGUGAAGCUCCUCCCGCAACAGAUCACCUAAAGUGAAGCUCCUCCCACAGCAUAUUUCCUGGAGUGAAGCUCCUCCCACAGCAGAUCUCCUGGAGUGAAGCUCCUCCCGCAGCAGAUCACCUGGAGUGAAGCUCCUCCCGCAACAGAUCACCUGGAGUGAAGCGCCUCCCGCAACGGAUCACCUGGAGUGAAGCGCCUCCCGCAACGGAUCACCUGGAGUGAAGCUCCUCCCGCAGCAGAUCACCUGGAGUGGAGCUCCUCCCGCAGCAGAUCACUUGGAGUGAAGCUCCUCCCGCGGAGUGAAGCUCCUCCCGCAGCAGAUCACCUGGAGUGAAGCUCCUCCCGCAACAGAUCACCUGGAGUGAAGCUCCUCCCGCAACAGAUCACCUGGAGUGAAGCUCAUCCCGCAACAGAUCAACUAGAGUGAAGCUCCUCCCGCAACAGAUCACCUGGAGUGAAGCUCCUCCCGCAACAGCUCCUCCCGCAACAGAUCACCUGGAGUGAAGCUCCUCCCGCAACAGAUCACCUGGAGUGAAGCUCCUCCCGCAGCAGAUCACCUGGAGUGAAGCGCCUCCCGCAACGGAUCACCUGGAGUGAAGCUCCUCCCGCACCAGAUCACCUGGAGUGAAGCUCCUCCCGCAGCAGAUCACCUGGAGUGGAGCUCCUCCCGCAGCAGAUCACCUGGAGUGAAGCUCCUCCCGCGGAGUGAAGCUCCUCUCGCAGCAGAUCACCUGGAGUGAAGCUCCUCCCGCAAAACAUAUCACCUAGAGUGAAGCUCCUCCCGCAGCAGAUCACCUGGGGUGAAGCUCCUCCCGCGGAGUGAAGCUCCUCCCGCAGCAGAUCACCUGGAGUGAAGCUCCUCCCGCAACAGAUCACCUGGAGUGAAGCUCCUCCCGCAACAGAUCACCUGGAGUGAAGCUCAUCCCGCAACAGAUCAACUAGAGUGAAGCUCCUCCCGCAACAGAUCGAAGCUCCUCCCGCAACAGAUCACCUGGAGUGAAGCUCCUCCCGCAACAGAUCACCUGGAGUGAAGCUCCUCCCGCAACAGAUCACCUGGAGUGAAGCUCCUCCCACAACAGAUCACCUGGAGUGAAGCUCCUCCCGCAACAGAUCAACUGAAGUGAAGCUCCUCCCGCAACAGAUCACCUGGAGUGAAGCUCCUCCCACAACAGAUCACCUGGCGUGAAGCUCCUCCCACAACAGAUCACCUGGAGUGAAGCUUAUUUCCAUAAGCCUACAAGUGAAGAAAAUGGAGUUCAUGAAAGAACGUGUUACCAAGAAGCCUGCAUAAUGGAGCAAGAGGAUGAUGAAGAACAGAGAGAUUUGUAUUUAAUCCUGCUUUUUCAUUAAAGACAACUUUGGGAACAUUAAGUUGAAGGUCAUAAUAUUUUAAUCAUAUUUAGUUGUUAUAAAAGAGCCUAAAACUUAAAUCUUUUAAUGUUUGUUUUCAAAAUAUUUAAGUGGUUCAUUUUGUUUUUGCAACUAUGUUACUAAACUUUGUAAAUUUAACUGUUUUCUAUCAAAAUGUAUUAAAUAAUCUUGGGAUUGCAAAUUUUAUCAUAAAUUAGGCAACUUCUAAUAAAUUAAAUUUCUCUUGAAUUAUGGAAGUUAAUCUAAAUUAUAUAAAAGUUAUUUUCUUACAAUAACCUCGGAAGCAGCACUGAGGAAUCCAUCCAACACUACAAUUUUGUAUCGAUUAAAAAAAAAAAAAGUUCUCACUACAUGUGACUUGUGUUCAUAAAUAUAAAAAAUUAUAUUUAGAAUAUAAUUCUUGGAAAAUUCCAGGGAAAUAUAAUUGAUUUAUUGAUAAACAAGUCAUAAUCGCAACUGAUCACGAUGAUUAAAAAAAAAAUGAUUCCAGUGAAAUUUCAAUAAUAGUAUAUAAUAGGCUCUUAGGGAAAGGAAGAGGUUUAAUGAGGGACUUUUAUUUUGAUACUUUGAAGAGUGUAGUUUCCGGUGCAUCCCGUUGGAGUUACUAUUGUUAUUGUGUGCAGCUGCUUGCUGUUUCUUCCUACAGUUCCUGGAAUUUGGAUUCUCGUUGGAGUUUUUGUGUACAGUGUUAGUACAUUACAAAACAACCUGUUGGAAGUGAAUUAGGGGAGUGAAGACAUGAGUGAAUCGGAGGAGAAAUAUCGUCAAGUCCAAACUGGAGAAAAAUCUUCUUCCUCGCAAACUGAAAGUAAAUCAUUGCUGACAAGAGGGGCACAAAUAUAUUUCAUCUGCCCCCAGUGUGGAAGAUGUUUCCUACACAAACAAGGUCUUAGACUUCAUAUAAGAGUUCACACUGGAGAGAAACCGUACACAUGUGCUCAGUGUGACAAGAGUUUCAAACGAAAAGGAAACCUUAACGAUCACGUGAAAAUCCACAGCGGAGAGAAGCCGCACACGUGCGAUCAUUGUGGGAAGAGCUUUUCACUUAAACAAAACCUUAAGGUGCACCUCAGAGUCCACACUGGAGAGAAACCACACGUUUGUGUUCAAUGUGGGAAGAGCUUUUCAGGGAAAUAUUUACUCAAUGAUCACAUUAAAAUCCACACGGGCGAGAAUCCAUAUGCAUGUGAUCAGUGCGGGAAGAGGUUCACGUAUAAAUCAAACUUUAACCACCACAUGACGAUCCACACUGGAGAGAAACCACACACUUGUGCUCAGUGUGGGAAGAGUUACGCACGAAAAGGAGCCCUCAAUGAUCACAUGAAGAUCCACACCGGAGAGAAUCUGCACACGUGUGAUCAGUGCGGGAAGAGUUUCAGAAAAUCAGGGGUUUUUAAAAAACACAUGCUUACUCAUUCUAGAAAAAGACUGUAUAAUUGUGACCAAUGCGGUAAAAGUUUUUUUAGGGCGGAUUUCCUGAAGAACCACUUGAAGGUUCAUACAACGGAGAAGCCUUAUGUAUGUUCCUUGUGUGGAAAGAGUUUCAGGCACACGAGUGCAUUGAAGAUACACCAGAAAAGACACAGCGCUGUGAAGGAUCACGCUUGCUCUGAAUGUGGGAAGGCUUUUUCUACAAUUGGUGACCUGAAAGUGCAUCAGUCAGUUCACACUCCAGAAACACCUUAUAAGUGUUCACACUGUGACAAGAGCUUCAAACGCUCAGAAUAUCUGAGAAAACACGAGAGGAUCCACACUGGAGAGAGACCUUAUCACUGCAUUCGGUGUGGGAAGAGUUUCACUCAUUUAUCGUCUCUAAUCCGUCAUAAAAAAGAAAUGCAUGUCUGAAAUUACAAAAACCUUUAGUUUGAGUUCCUGUCCUGUACUCUGAAACAAUUGUUGAUAACCGAUUAAUCAAAGGUUGUUAGAAACAAUUUAUCCACUGAUUGUUAAUUAUGGUUUGUAAGAGAUUAGAGAAUGUCUUAGUUUCACUGUUUUUAAUAAUGUUGCAGGAAAAUGUUGUGAAGCAGUACUUUUCUAUUGUUUUUGCUUUGGUAUAAUAACAAUAUCAGAAAACAGCUGGAAGUGGACGCAUUGAGUAACCAGCUGAGAGUGAACAGACAGAGAUUAGACGUGAUGGAAGAGGACGAGGAUGAUCUGAGUGAAGCGAAGCUGAAACAUCAUGCCAAAACUGGUGAUACGAGUCUCUUAAAGUGGAAAGAGUCUCCUAAACAAACAAAGUCUUAAAAUUCUCAUGAGAGUUCAUAGUGGAGAUGUAGGAGGCGUUUCACACAGAAAAGAAACCUUAUUGGACACAUGAGGAUCCACAUUGGAGAGAAGCCAUAUACAGUGGCAUGCAAAGGUUUGGGAACCCCUACCAGAAUCUGUGAAAAUGUGAAUAAUUUUAACAGAAAUAAGAGAGAUCAGACUAAAUGCAUAUUUUUUUCUAUUUAGUACUGUCCCGAGUAAGAUAUUGUACAUAAAAGAUGUUUACAUUUAGUCCACAACACAAAAAAAUUGCUGAAAUGAUUAAAUUAACCCCAUUCAAAUGUUUGUGAACCCAAA